AUGUCAACUCAUGAUCAACUUGGAGGUGCUACAGAAAAAAGUCGACGACUAGCCAAAGCAAAAUUUUCAACACAAAACCGAAAUCGAUUACCCAAUUUAGAAGAGGUCCUAUAUCGAAAGACAGCACCACCCGUCUGUCUUUAUAAUUUUUACCUUUUCAUGAGAGAUAGAGAACAUGCUGAAGAAUACUUGGACUUUUGGCUCGAUAUCGCCGAGCAUGAAAUAUUAUGUAAACAUUUUGUGAGAGAUAUGAAAAAAGCGGGAGUAGAUGUUAACACAGAGUAUCCAGAGUAUGUGCAAUACAAAAAUAUUAAAGAAAAAGGUCGUUGGCACAUUAAUUCAAGCGCCGGAGGAGUUGGAAGCGUGAAAAGAAAUCUAAGUGGUUCUUCUCAUGGUUCCGAUUCUACGUCUCUAACGAGUGCUGCUUCUUCACGCGCUCCUUCACCAUUAAUACCCAAUAUCGGAGGUCCAAAUUACGCAAUAGAUAUUCCACAGCUGAGUGGUAAUGCAGAUAGAAAUCCACGAUAUCGAGAUUCAGUUCGAUCGAAUACCACUGGUAAUCUUUCGUUUAUUGGACAACGACCAGUAACGCGAGAAGACAUAAAAUUUUCCGCGGAUCGUAUUUAUUAUCGAUACGUAGUAGCGCAGUCUGAGAAAGAACUUGGUAACUUAGCGGAGCCAAUUCGUGAACGAAUGCGGAUUGCAAUAGAGAAGAAUCAUCGAGAUGAUCCGGGCGUGUUUCAAGAGGCUAAAGAUGAAGUAAUGGAAUUGAUGCGGUUGGACCCGUUUCCGCGAUUUUUAAAAGCACGAGCUUAUGGAAAUAUGACUGUUUUACAAACGCUUUUACGGUUGGCACUGGGUUUGUUUUGUCUAUUUGUAGGAUUCUCGGUGGAGUUGAGUCUAAUCUUUUUAGAUGAGAAACGCCUAUUGAGACUUUGGGGUUUCAUUCCAAUAUUUUUCGGAAUAUCAAAUCUUUUUGCCAAUCAAACAGAGCUUAGUCCAUUGUUUGUCUUAUUAAAGAUUAGACGAAAAGGCAUACGAGUAUUUUUAGCGAGCUUAUUUGUAUCGCUGAUCGUUACUGGAAUUUUCAUUGCAGUUCCUGGACAUCGCCUAUGA